AUGCAAGGGGGGGGAGGCGAGGAAUGCAAGGGGCCAGGCCAUCCGAAUGAAGUAACCGCUGGGGCUCUUUGGAUGCGAGAACUUGAUCCGAGUCCCUCCAAUGUAAUCUCUGGAUCAGUUACCUUGACAUUGACCUCAAAUACUACGAAUUGGGUAUUGAAUACCGUAACCAGACCGAUGACAAGGGUCACCGUCGAGGCUGCUGAGGCCAUUAAGAAGUAUGCUGUUGGUGUCCAGUGCGCCACAAUCACCCCCGAUGAGGCCCGUGUUGAGGAGGUCAAGCUGAAGAAGAGUAAGCGCUGCCGCCUCACGUCCCUGAUCCAAGUCCCUCCAACGGAGGUAGAGAGGUAG